UCCAUGGCUGCGCUGCGAUGCACCAGGCUGCGCUGGGCUCUGCUGGGGACGCGGAUGGCAGGCCUUGGCCUCCGCCCGCCGCGGGCCAGGGCGAAAGCCACGCUCCACUCAGCCCUUCCCGCGGCAGAGGCAUCCGGAACCGGGCGUAGCGACCGGCAGCUGCGGAGCCCAGAGGAGAUUCCAGGGCCCGGGCAGCUGCGCCACUUAUUCCAAAUGUUGGUGCAAGGCUACGUGCUGCACAUGCACCAGCUCCAGAUGCUGAGCAAGGCCAAGUAUGGGCCAAUUUGGAGGACCAGAGUAGGGCCUCAAACCUCUGUGAACCUGGCCAGUGCCCCACUUCUGGAGCAGGUGAUGAGGCAGGAAGGCAAAUACCCGAUACGGAAUGACAUGGCACUAUGGAAGGAGCACCGGGACCAGCAGGGCCUGUCCUAUGGACCCUUCACCACGGACGGGCACCACUGGUACCAGCUGCGCCAGGCUCUGAACCAGCGGAUACUGAAGCCAGCAGAGGCUGCGCUCUAUACGGAUGCUCUGAAUGAGGUAGCUGAGGAUUUUCUGGCUCGGCUGGACCAGCUGCGAGCAGAGAGUACCUCAGGGGACCAUGUGCCUGACAUGGCCCACCUCUUCUACCACUUUGCCUUGGAAGCUAUUUGCUACAUCCUGUUUGAAAAACGUAUUGGCUGCCUGAAGCCAUCCAUCCCUGAGGACACCACAGCCUUCAUCAGAUCUGUUGGGCUCAUGUUCCAGAACUCUCUCUAUGCCACCUUCCUCCCCAAAUGGACCCGUUCCCUCCUGCCCUUCUGGAGGCGUUACCUGGAUGGCUGGGAUACCAUCUUCUCCUUCGGGAAGAAGCUGAUUGAUCAGAAAGUCAAGGAGGUGGAGGCUCAACUACAGGCGGGGGAGCCAGAUGAGGUCCAGGUAUCUGGCUACCUGCACUUCCUGCUGACCAGCGGACAGCUCAGUCUUCAUGACGCCAUGGGCAGCCUGCCUGAGCUGCUCAUGGCUGGAGUGGACACGACAUCGAACACACUGACAUGGGCCCUCUACCACCUGUCAAGGAGCCCAGCAGUCCAGGAGGCCUUGCAUGAGGAAGUGGUAGGCGUGGUGCCAGCCGGGCAGGUGCCCCAGUAUAAAGACUUUGCCUGCAUGCCCCUGCUCAAAGCUGUGAUUAAGGAGACCCUGCGUCUCUAUCCUGUGGUCCCCACAAACUCCCGGAUCAUCAUGGAAAAGGAAAUUGAAGUUGGUGGCUUCCUCUUCCCCAAGAAUACCCAGUUUGUGCUCUGCCACUAUGUGGUGUCUCGGGACCCCAGCGUCUUCCCUGAGCCUGAGAGUUUCCAGCCUCACCGCUGGCUGAGGAAGAACCACCCUGAUGCCCUUGGGGUCCACCACCCAUUUGGCUCUGUGCCCUUUGGUUAUGGGGUCCGGGCUUGCCUGGGCCGCAGGAUUGCUGAGCUGGAGAUGUACCUGAUGCUGACAAGGCUGAUCCAGCGGUACAAGGUGGUACUGGCUCCUGAGACGGGGGAGUUGAAGAGCGUAGCCCGUGUAGUCUUGGUUCCCAACAGGAAGGUGGGCCUGCACUUUCUGCAGCGACAGUGCUGAGCUGGGCCCCUGCCUUCCUGGGGCUUAUCUCAGGGCUCUGGCCCUGGCUCAGUGAUUCCUGGCAACAGCUGUGUCUCAUAUGAGGAGGGGAAGAGGGGGCUGCCAGG